CGUACAUACGCACUCUUUGUUUGCUUUGCUUUCCUUUCUCCGGGGCUCCGCUGGUCGUCGUUCGGAAUAGCUGCCUCCUCUUGUCUCCCACAUUAGCAUCGGUUGAGCCCGGACAUCUCCGCCCAUGCAGUCGUCAUUACGGCCAGGUCGCUAAUAAUAGCUGUUGCCAGCAAUGGCAGCGUCCUCCUCCCUUCUCUCCUCCUUGGCGUUUCUCAUAGCGUUAUUCUGCUUCAGGGUCGCGGGCCAGGACCAGACAAUACACGACGUGGGCUGCAUUCAUUUGCCCAUCGUGCACUCGACAAAUGUUGGCCACUUCUCCAGCAAACGGGGUGUACAGCUGGCGUUGGCCAACAGGUCUGACGUUGCCUACUACGCUCAACUCAGCAUUGGCACGCCUCCCCAGCCCGUCUAUGUGCAGCUGGACACUGGGUCUUUUGAGCUAUGGGUGAAUCCGGAUUGCUCGACUGUGUCGGGCGGCGACGCCGUCUUCUGUGACCGAGCCGGCCGCUAUGACACGGCAAAGUCUUCAACGUUCAACAAUAUCGGCACCACCAAAACCUUGCGCUACGGAAUCGGAAGCGCCGAUAUUACCUAUGUCACCGACACCAUCACGCUCACCGGCAGCACCAUGGGUCUCAAGGGCGUCCAGUUUGGCGUUGCCAAUGCGACCGAAGACGCCUUCUCUGGAAUCCUGGGCAUUGGAUACGGGCAAGGAAUUGCCACCAGGUAUCCAAACUUUAUCGACCAGCUGGCGGCGCAGAAUGCGACCAAGGUCAAGGCGUAUACUCUCGCACUAGGCAGCAAAGACGAGCAGGAAGGCGUCAUAGUCUUUGGUGGCAUCGACACGUCCAAGUUUGCCGGGCCGUUGGCCAAGCUGCCUGUGAUUCCCGCCGACAUGUCGCCAGAUAUGGUGCCCCGGUUCUGGGUCGACAUGAAGUCCAUCUCGGUCACGCCGCCAAACAAGAACAACCAGGUGUACGCAAACAGCAGUAUCCCCGUGUUCCUGGACAGCGGGUCGACAAUGACGCUCCUGCCGCCUAACCUGACGGCCGCUAUUGCCAAGGAUUUUGGUGUCAACGCUCCCGAUGCGAAUGGCUUCUUCCGUCUCGACUGCGCCUUGACGAAAGUCAACGGCACGCUCGAUUUUGCCUUUGAUGGGGUGACGGUUCGGGUUCCGUACAAGGAGCUUAUUCGCGAGGUCCCCAGCACGCCGCCCGCCUGCUUCUUGGGGAUAACGCCGAGUUCCAGCUUUGCGCUUCUGGGUGAUACGUUUCUUCGGUCGGCAUACGUUGUCUUCGACCUCGAGAACCACGCGAUAUGGAUGACCCAAGCGGCCAACUGCGGAUCGACCCCCGCGGCGCUGACCAACCUGAGCUCCCUCGCAUCCGUGACAGGCGCCUGCGGGAUGACGCUGUCUGCGGUCACCAACCCGAGCACCUCGCAAGUCUCGACGACGAGCAUUACAAGUCCCCAGUCGCCCUCCAGCACACCCCCAGCGGCGGAGGCGACGACAGCAACAACGGGCGGGACUCAAGUGCCCGCAAGCGGAGGAGGGUCUGUUCGCGGCAGUGUCGGGCUAAUCUCAAGCCUCGCCAUCACAUCAGCGGUGGUGCUUGUACAUUUUAUUUGAGGGGGGCAUUGCCCCUUCGCUUUGCAUAUAUUCUUCUGAACAUAGUUAUUUAAGAGAGCGGGUGCAUCUGCAUACUGGCGCAUAUCAAUACUUGGAUGGGAAAUAGCGGCGGGGCUUAAUCUAAAGUAUUUAAUGUCUGCCGCGUCUGUUCGCCAUUCCUUUAACAGCGGCG